ACACGGGGCGCGCGCACCCGGCCAAGCCCGCUCUCUCCGCCCUCGGUGAGCCAGACUUGACAGAGAUGAGCGACGACUCGACUCGAGACUCGACACGCGGCAAGCGGCCGGCCCUCGCUGUGAGAGAGAGAGGAGCCCUCUGGCUCAGACUCUUGCAAGGCUGGAUGAGGAAUCGGAGACUACGGGGGGCGGGCGAGCGGGCGGGCGCGAGAAUACCACGCUGCUCUCGACGACGAACCCGAUCCAACUCAUCCAUCGUCUCCUUUCCUUCCUCCCCAACUCCACUUCCACACCAUCAUCACCGGCACCAUCAUAAUGCUCACCCCCGCCCUCCGCAACACGUCUCGCAACGCCUUGCGCAGCGCUGUCCACUCGACCUCGGUCCCCUCGUCAUCGCGCCGAACCCUUUUGACAAAGGCGGAAAAAUGGUCCCUCUCCGACGCCCGUGAGGCAGAGGCCGCCCUCGAGGCUCCUGGCUCUAAUGCCAACAAGGUGCAGCUUAGCCAAGUUGUACCCAACAUCGAGGCACGUUGGGCUCACAUGAGCAAAGUAGAGCAGUAUGCCGUGUACCGCCAGUUGGAGGAGGUACAGCGCAAAGAUUGGAAGGAGCUAAGUCUGGAUGAGAAGAAGGCAGCAUACUUCGUCUCCUUUGGCCCACAUGGCCCACGCAAGCCCAUUACUCCUCCCGGUCAAGGGAUCCGCACCCUCGUCGGUGUAUCCGGCCUGUGUCUCGCGACCUUUGGUGUCUUUUACACGAUGCGACAGUUUGCCCCGCCCCCGCCGAAGACGAUGACCAAGGAAUACCAGGAGCAGAGCAACGAGAGGGCGCGCGAGGACAAGAUCAACCCUAUCACGGGUAUCUCGUCGGAGGGGUACAAGGGCAAGGGAUAUGUGCAGGAGUAGAUGCGGGUGCGAAGCUGGGUAAAGGGCGCGAAUGGUUGAG